AUGGAUUGGGAGGUUAGAGGUGCUGUACUGCCAACGCAGGAGGCGCAUAUUAUCCCCGCUUGUUCCCCAGAUCGAUCACGAGUGCUGGUAAGAAAGUUGACAGGUGAAACUUCAGCCACUCGGGAUCUCAAGUUCGUAAACCUAUCUCAUCCAGAUGACGUACGCCAGCAAAAAGAGGUUCGAACAGAGAUCCGUCGUCAUGUUAUGAAGGAUAUAGGCCAACGACGGAGGCGCCCACGACGCAAAGAGAUCACUCCGCAAGCCACCCCAACUUCUUCCUCGGAGUUGGGUAGUUACGAAGACUCUCAGCUCCGCGGCGCAAUAGUAAAAAGCUUUUCGCCCAAUCGAAGCCUGGCUAUGCUCGGAAACUUCCCUGUUAAGGCUGAUAUGCGUGUGCUCGAGCUUAUGCACUUUUCCCCUUAUCAGCCAUUCAGGAGUGUUUGGAUUGAAGUAGCAUUAUGCGACCCCGGGGCAUUCCACGUGACCCUCGGCAAUGCUGCUGAUUAUUUGAAUAAGAUCAAUGGCAAUGAUAGUCCGAACAAAAGCCCGGAGGUUUUAAGUCACUAUAAAGACUCAACUGUGCUAUUAAGACGACGUCUCAAUAGCUUUGAGGAGGGUAUUAGUGAAGGGGCCAUUGCUAACAUAUUGGCCCAUGUUUGUCUCGCUAUGAGACACUGCGAUUGGGAUGGCUGGAGUGUCCACAUGAAUGGGUUAAGUCUCAUAGCGAAGCUACGUGGCGGAUUUGCCAACGUCGGACAUCGCAUGUCUCUUCUCAUACUGCUAUACGAUCUAGCUGGUGCCAUGAUUUUCGACUCCCGUCCGCGAUUUUAUCUCCCAACAAAUCUUGCCGGCACAUCUAACAGAUCUUUGAGAGGGGUUCCCCCUAGGUUACAAGGCUUGCUCAUCCAAUUUAUAUCGCCCACGAUUGCUCCAGCGGGCGAGGCAUUAAGAAUGAUCUCCUCAAUUGCUGAUGUGAUCAACACCAAUAGCCACUCCACAACAUUCUGGCAGAGGGACAUCGAUGCAAUCAGCUUGAUUGGCCCCUGUAUUCACUUUCUACUCUCUAUGCCGAGGCUCCCCACUGGGUUCGAGACCAUGGCUAACCUGGAAGAUCUAAUUGCGAGAGAGAUGGUGCGGCUGGCAUGUCUUAUGCUUAUGUCUAAGUUGAAAGAACUAUUUGCUAUUUCUGCGAGCGAGAGAGUUGAACUACAGGCCAGAGUUGCUGAAUUUAUGUCUCAGAGUGUGAAAAUAUUGGGGAAAAGGUACUCUGAACUGAAAAGUUGGGCUCUCGUCACCGUUGCUUUGUUACAGCACCGUGACGGAAGAGGAGUAUACAUGCGGGAGAUCCAUGAAGAGAUGCGCACAAUGGAUAUACCAACGCCAUCCGACAUGCUUGAUAUUGCAAGAGAUAUUGUCUGGAUCGACAUUUUGUUGUCACCGUACGCGGAUGAGCUGGCGGAAGAUAUGGCGCUACACGUCGCCCUUAGCGAAGCAAGCCUCUUGAGUUGA